AUGUUUGGUGAGCACGAUCCCAGUAGCCUGGGUCACCAGGGAGCGGGCAAAAUGCUUGCAGAUGUGUGGCUCUUCGAUCUGGAGUCUCAGGAAUGGACGAAUAUCCAAUUGGAUGCCGAGAAUGCUCCUCCAGUGCGCGGGUGGUUCGAUGCAGAUGUGAUCUCAAACAAUUUGCGUCCCAGUAUUGUCGUCCAUGGCGGACUUGCCGAGUCAAAUGAACGCCUAGGUGAUAUAUGGCGGCUGGAUUUUUAA